AUGGGAGAGUUGAAAGAAAAACUUGAGAUAGAAAGGAAAGAGAGGAGUAAGAAAGUGAAAAGCAGUAACUUAAGAGAGGAAAAAGGAGAGAUUGAGAGAUCAAAUGAGAAUGGGUUAUCACCAAAAAAAAAAAGCUCAAGAGGAGUUGAGGUGGAUGAUGAGAAGAGGUUUGUGAGGGGUUUUAGUUCUCUAGCAGCUCUUCUAACCGAGAUCAUUAAAAAGGAUCAGCCAUUCGUUUGGGGUAAGAAACAAGAGGAAGCCUUUAGGAUCUUAAAGGAGAAACUUAGUUCCACUCCUUUACUUCAGCUUCCUAACUUUGAGAAGAUUCUUAAAAUUGUGUGUGAUGCUAGUGGAGUAGGCAUUGGUGCGGUCUUGAUGCAAGAAGUGAGAGCUUUAGCAAAUUGGCAACAUUAUUUGCGGCAUAAGGACUUUGUGAUUAGCACCGAUCAUGAGGCUUUGAAGCAUAUUAGAGUCCAACAUAAGCUUAAUAAGAGAUUGAUGGGUUUUGAGAGUUUGAAGGAGUUAUAUCCUAGUGAUGUUGAUUUUGGGAAAGUCUUUGGAGAGUGUCAAGAAUGGAAAACUUUGUGUACUUAUGUCUCAUGGAGAGAGUUGUUGGUGAAAGAGGCUCACAAUGGAGGCUUGAUGGGUCAUUUUGGAGUGUCAAAAACCUUAGUUAUUCUUAGUGAACAUUUAUUUUGGCCUAAGAUGAUAAGAGAUGUGAAAAAAAUUUGUGCUAGGUGUUUGGAUUGUAAGCAUGCAAAAUCUUGUACCCAACUCCGUGACUUGUAUACCCCUUUGCCUAUUCCUAGCAGCCCUUGGCUAGAUAUUUCCAAGGAUUUUGUUGUUGGCCUCCCUAGAACUAGAAAUGGUAGGGAUAGCAUCUUUGUUGUUGUGGAUAGAUUUUAUAAAAUAGCUCACUUUAUUGCUUGUCAUAAAAGUGAUGAUGCAUCUCAUGUUGCUACUUUAUUUGUUCAUAAUAUGAUAAAAUUGCAUGGUGUUCCCCAAACAAUUGUUAGUGAUAGGGAUUCAAAAUUUCUUAGCUCUUUUUGGAGGUGUUUGUGGGGAAAUUUUGGAACCAAGUUGCUAUUUUCUACUUCUUGUCAUCCUCAAACGGAUUUUUAA